UCGCCGAGACUGCCACUCAGCACGCAGCAAGAGGGCGACGAGGUCCGUGUGUCUCGACUGCCCGAGGAAAUACAUUCAACGUUCAACUUACACAAAACACGACAUGCCUGUUUGCACAUUUAUUUUGACGGGAAUGUCAUGCCGUGCUAUGAGAGUUUCUCUACAAAGUUUUGGACUAAGACAAGCAUACUUCUCGACGUCUGCGGGUGAUUUGAAGGAACCACAACUGAAGCAUGCAGCUGUCAUGGUUGAAGGGAUCCAAGGACCUGUUGCUCGCCCAUUGUCGAUACAAGAGAGCAAACAACUUCUGCAGCGUGCAUUGGCGUAUGCCAGCAAGGGGCUGAGUUUGCAGGGCAUCCAGCAAGAAUGUUGCUUCCAUACUUUUAACACAAACAUGAUGGCUGCUCAAAAGACCACUUCUUUUGAGAAUGAGCUUGCGGAGAGUGCAAGUCCUCAAGGAAUACAAGGGACUCCAAACAUGGAGAUGGGUUGUGGUCAUUUUCAGGCUUGGCUAGACAACUGUCGGCGGUAUGGGCUUUCUAACUGUGAUCAACAAUUGCAGGGCAUCCAGACUGGCCGCCUGACACUUUCACAGGUUUUAGCUGAGCAGGAGGCUCUAAUAGCAGAAAUAUCCGAGGGCUAUCGCAAACGCUCUGAAGCACAAGCAGCUCAGUUUGAUGAAAAUAUUCAGGGAGCACAAGGUAACAUGCGGUUGCCAGAUGUCAGUAUUCCUUGCCCUCAGGGUGUCCAGGGAGAUGACUGUGUACGCUUCAAGCUCUGGUUAGAGAAUUGUCAACGCUUUAACCUUCAUGACUGUGUGGAACAGCUGCAAGGUUUUCAGAGCGGACGUGUAACUCUUGCCCAAAUUUUUGCCCAGCAAGAUGCCAUGAUCAAAGAUAUUGUACAGAUUUAUCAGCAGAAAAGGAGCUACAGCACACAACCUGAAAGAAGAAAUGAUCUCUCGGGCACUGCCCAGGUGGGUGGAUUGACAGCAGAGUCACAGCUGACUCAGCGUGAAAAGCUGAAGCGCGCUGUAAAAGAAUAUGGGUCUACUGUCAUCAUUUUCCAUGUCGCCAUUUCCCUUGCUUCUCUUGGCGGGUUUUAUUUAGCUGUCAGCAGUGGCAUUGAUUUGGUGGGCAUUCUGCGAAAUGUAGGAGUAGGGGAGACAGUCUUGCAGUCUAAGCUUGCAACUGGAACUGGAACUUUCGUUGUUGCCUAUGCAGUCCACAAGGUUUUUGCUCCUGUGAGGAUAGCCAUAACACUCACAGCUACUCCAUUUAUUGUACGAUAUCUGCGAAGGAUUGGAGCUCUGAAGCCUCCCAAGAAAGUGCCAUAAUUUGUAUUAAAAGUUGUAAAUAAUCUGGUUUUUUUGUGCUGUAAAAAUUGACUUUGUCAUAUGCAUUAUAUAAUUUGGUCAUUAUUGGUUGUCAUUCUGACAGUCACUUUGGAUCUGACAUGACAUUUAAUGUUUUAGAAACUGGAAUAGGAAUGACUGGGUGUUGAUCAAAUCCAGACAGGAUUACACAAAGAUUUUAUAAUCAUGGGUGUAAAAGAUUUUUCCUGAAACAAAUGCUACAAGAAGACUUAUAAACAGGUUUUGUAAGUAAACAUCUUGUGCUAUUUCAGAGUUAUCACUGAAUGUGUUAACUUUGGAUCGAUUCUUGUGAUUACAUUUCUUGUUAAUGAGAGUUUUUUAAAAGACUUUUAGCGUAUUUAACUUUACAAGGAAUACAGAAGAAUGUUACAUUGAUUUUAUCAUUCUUUUCACAAAUUUAAUUUAUUAAAAUAGACCUACAGUAUAGAUCAGUUGUAUAUUAUGCAUUGUGAAUGCCUUUCACGCUGCCUUGGUAAUUAGGCAAAAUAUUUAUCUUUUAGAUGAGAGUAAAUUUUUUUAUUUAGAAAAAAGACAAAGAUAAAAGUCAAAUAAGAAAAUUAAAUAACCAGUGAUAUUGAACUAAUACUGUAUCAUGAUUGCUGUGUAUGCCUGAGAUACAUAAACAUUGUGUAAGGAGUAUUCACCGCAUUUGUUUUUAUGCAUUCUGAAUGUACCUUGUGCAUAAAUGACUGCAGUGCCACAAUUACUUCCAUUUCAAAACACUAAUAAAAGAAAUUUUUGGAAUCUCAAA